UGUUACAAGACAAGGGAUGAGAAAUUCUAACACCUACCAAACUCAGCCGGUCAACCCUGAUUAUGAGGAGAAUACAAAUUAUCUUUUGUAGCUUAAGUGUUACUUGAGUCUGGUUACCUCUUCUCUCUCUUGAUUUUCGGAUUUUCCUUUUGUUGUUGGGUAUUCAAUAUUGAUUGAUUCUUUACCUAGCCAUAAAUGCCACCUCUGUUCACCGUAUUUUUUUGCUUUUCCUUUACUGUUUCUCACACAAUCUCUCUCUUUCUCUCUCCCCCUUUGGUUUCCUCCAUUGCAAACCAAGCUUCCUUUCCAGCUUUCUGAGAGGUCCCUCUCUUCUCCACAUACUCAAGACCCACCAACCAUUUCAUCCACCUUUGUUUUUCGCCCCUCAAAAUCUCACCAUUUUGAGAUUUAUUGAUUUAAUAUACAGGGGCUACUGGGGUUUUGGUCGGAUUGUGUUGUUUUAGGUCUAGAUUGGCCUAUCUAUGCUUAUUGGGUCUCUGCUGGUUCGAAAAAGAGACGCCCUUUCUUUGCUCUUGUGGCUGCUCAGGGAAGAAGAUCAAGGAGGCUAGCAUAGACCACUGCAAAGGCUAGAAUGUGUUGAUUGUGUGGAACUUGAAGUAGGACCGAGUACAAGAUCAAAUUGAUCUUGGAAUAUCAGCGAUGUCUGAGACUUCACUGAACAAGGAUUUAUCAAAGAAGACAUCUAUCUUGGGUCUAAAACUAUGGGUUCUGAUAGGAAUUUCAGUUUGUGCAUUUAUAGUUGUGAUUCUUUGCAUCUUAUCUGUGUGGUUUACAUAUCGGAGGAAAACCAGAAGAUCAGUGGAUAAGUUCUCCCUUUCCCUAAUACCAAAUGUUUCAAAAGAUAUUAAGGUCGACAGGGUUGGGGCUCAGGGGUUUUAUGAUCAUCCUGAAAGUGUAUCUCUUACAGUCAAUGAUAAAUUCAGCGACAAUAACUCAAAGAAGAUGCUGGCUCAUCUGAGAAAUAGUAAAUCAAUUGAUGCCGAUAACACCAGUCAGUGCAGCUCUAUUUAUCAUCACGAGAGGGCAUGUAGUUCACAGUCAGGCGAGGAGGGAAGCUCUGGGACUGUUUGGAAGCAAUCUUCAUUGCCAUAUGCAAGACUUGAAAAUGCCUCCCCCCUGAUUGGCUUGCCUGAAAUUUCACAUCUUGGAUGGGGCUAUUGGUUUACUCUUAGAGAUCUUCAAUUUGCUACAAAUCGUUUUGCAGCAGAAAAUGUGCUUGGCGAGGGUGGGUAUGGUGUUGUAUACAAGGGUAGGCUGAUCAAUGGAACCGAGAUAGCUGUGAAGAAGCUUCUUAAUAAUCUGGGACAGGCGGAGAAAGAAUUUCGGGUUGAGGUGGAGGCUAUAGGACAUGUUCGACAUAAGAAUCUUGUUCGGCUUCUAGGGUACUGCAUAGAAGGAGUUCACAGGAUUUUGGUGUAUGAAUAUGUGAAUAAUGGAAACUUAGAGCAAUGGCUGCAUGGUGCUAUGCGGCAGUAUGGUAGCCUUACAUGGGAAGCUCGCAUUAAGGUUCUUCUUGGUACUGCGAAGGCGCUUGCUUACUUGCAUGAAGCAAUAGAACCAAAAGUUGUUCACCGAGACAUUAAAUCGAGCAACAUCCUGAUUGACGAUGAGUUCAACGCCAAAGUUUCGGAUUUUGGAUUGGCCAAGCUCCUGGGAUCGGGAGAGAGUCACAUCACAACCCGUGUUAUGGGAACAUUUGGUUACGUCGCUCCAGAAUAUGCCAAUACCGGCUUGCUAAAUGAGAAGAGUGAUAUUUACAGCUUUGGAGUUCUCCUGCUUGAAGCAGUGACUGGAAGGGACCCCGUGGACUAUGGUCGCCCAGCUAAUGAGGUCAAUCUUGUUGAAUGGUUAAAGAUGAUGGUGGGGACGAAAAAAGCUGAGGAAGUAGUGGACCCUAAUCUUGAAGUCAAACCAGCAACGCGUGCUCUUAAAUGUGCCCUUCUUGUUGCACUUAGAUGUGUUGACCCAGAUGCAGAAAAGAGACCCAAAAUGAGUCAGGUUGUACGAAUGCUUGAAGCUGAUGAGUACCCAUAUCGAGAGGACCGGAGGAAUAGAAAGAGCCGAACAGCUAGUAUGGAGCUUGAAUCUAUGAAAGAAGCAACUGAUUUGGAGAACAAAGUAGGGGGUUCAGAGAGUAAUGCAUUGGCAACAACUCAUGUUAGGACUGACAAACAUGAGAUGGGAGAAUAAUAUCUCACAGUCACAGCGCUUAGAGUUACUUAACAUUUUACAUACUUGUCAGAAAGUUUGUUGCUGAAGGAAUUUCUUUAUCUAUUCAAGGGAGGAAUUGGAUUGCAGAUUGCCCAUUUUGGAUGAUCAGUAUUUGCCUUGUCAGGCAGAGAUGGAUGAAGAGAGGUAGAUGAAAAGCGAAUUAGAGUUUCUUGUACAGGGAUCUGUGGGGUGUCCUUUUUUCCCCGACACAUUAUUGCUCUUUGAUUUUUCUUUUUUGCACUUGAUUACUAUUUCUAUCCAUGGGGAAUUGUUUGUUUGGGGGGUGGGGGGAUGGCGGUUGUGUAUUUAGGUAUCAAAAGUAUUAAUUCAAUGAUCAUUCUUCUUUUGCUGAA